GGCACCGCUGAGCUCGACACGUUAAAAUUGGAGCUCAAGGGAGCGCAGGUAUGUGACACUGCGACCCUCCGGAAGUUAGUAGAGGCGCAAGCGAUGAUCAACGCCAACAUUGAGCGCACGAUUGCGCGCGAGCGCGGAUCUUUCAAGAUCGAAAAAGCAGCCAACACUUCCCAGUUGCACAAGCUUCAUCGCCUACUGUCGGACCUGGCUCAUUGGGGUUCUUCAGCCGGCCAAGCUCUGUGA